GCAUCUGAUCCUUUGUUAAGCCAGAGUGCUUGUCUAGAGGAGGUUCAGUUGAUAAACAUCAAACCAAAUGAAGGACUGGGAAUGUAUAUUAAAUCAACCUAUGAUGGAUUACAUGUUGUUACUGGUACAACAGAAAAUUCACCUGCUGAUCGAUCUCACAAGAUUCAUGCUGGUGAUGAGGUGAUUCAGGUGAAUCAGCAAACUGUGGUUGGAUGGCAGUUGAAAAAUCUUGUUGGAAAGCUCCGUGAAGACCCUGUAGGCGUUGUGCUUUUGUUAAAAAAACGGCCAGCAAACACAUGCAAUUUAACUCCUGCACCUCUGAAGAACAUGCGCUGGAAACCACCAGCAGUGCAG